AUGAUUCUAAAAUUUCUUCUAAGGAGAAACCGCUUCUGUAUUGCUAAUUUAGUAUACAUCCUCGGUACUCUUUGCGUUGGCAUGCACUCUCUGUUCUUGGGAAAGCACAACAUCAUAUUCAGAGGGCUCACUGCAGGAUGGUGUAUUAUCGUGGCAGUGUGCAUGUACAUAUGCUGUUUUUACAAGAUAACCAUUUCAAAUAUGAUGUAUGCAAUGUAUUUGAUGAUAAUCAAUAUAGGAACACUUCUGCUAAUUGUGUUUCUCCGCUUUUUAUUUGAGUUUAAUGCAAGUGACCCACUUGCUGUUCCAUUUGACAACAUUCCAAUUGCUGUGAUUUGUUUCUUCUCCCUUGCUAAUAUGCUCUAUAUUACAUCAAUUCGGAAGUGUCUUAUUGAUGGGCUAGUCCAGCCUGUUUUCAUACAGAGAAGAAAAAAGAUAGAAUCUAGAGUUGUUUAUGCACGCAGAGAGUACCCCGAGAUUUUCAAUAUCCAAUAG